CUUCUCGAGAUCAUCAUGCCCGAACCAGCCAAAUCAGCACCCAAGAAGGGCUCAAAGAAGGCGGUCACCAAGUCCACCGGCAAGCCCGGAAAGAGGCGAAGGAAGGGGAGGAAGGAAAGCUACGCCAUCUACGUGUACAAGGUGUUGAAGCAGGUCCAUCCCGAUACUGGCAUCUCCUCCAAGGCGAUGAGCAUCAUGAACUCCUUCGUCAACGAUAUCUUCGAGCGCAUCGCUUCAGAGGCGUCUCGCCUGGCGCUUUACAACAAGCGUUCAACUAUCACGUCCAGGGAGAUUCAGACCGCCGUGCGUCUUCUGCUCCCCGGUGAGCUGGCAAAGCACGCUGUGUCUGAGGGCACCAAGGCAGUCACUAAAUAUACCAGCUCAAAGUAAAUCGCAUCGGCGUCAUCUCUACACAACGGUUCUUUUAAGAGCCACCAACCUACUUCUGAGAAGUUUUUAUUCCAGUGUUGAUUAUCUAGGUCUAGGAUAAGUUAAACACACCUGAGUGAAAAGAUCAGUUCAUUUCUGCGUGCUGCAGGAGCCUUACUUUUGACAGGACCACCUAACGAGGGAAUCUUUGAAAACAUGUUGGAAUGCAGCUCUGAGGACUGGAGGAGUUUGACAUUCUUUAAUAGAAAUAAAGGCUGUAGGUAGACUUCUAUUCCAUUAAAUAUACUGUUUAGUUAAGCUUUUUUAGUUAAAAAGAUGACCAUGUAUGGUAAGGCUUUUUCGGUUAAAUAAGAUAUAACUCAUUUUUUGCACAUGUAUUUUAUUCAGAAUUAAUAUAAUUUACAUCUUGCGAACAAAAGUCAAAGUUUCUUCACAUUUAUUCUAUCAAUCAAUAUGCUUUACACAAAAUUGUUAGACAAAGAUGCUUAAUUCUUAACAUUUGUCCACAGGAAACCUUUGAGGAGAAUUCUCUAAAAGUAUAAAUAUUUUCAUACAAUAUUUCAUUGAUCACUUGUAAUGUUACAAGUUUUCAUUGAUCACUUGUAAUGUUACCAAUACACUUGUGUCUCUUAAUUUUGCCCCUCUGAUAGAAUCUUUCACCACAAUCUAGGCAAGCAAAAGGUUUCUCACCCGUAUGAAUCCGUGUGUGACUUGUUAGGGUUCCCUUCUGAGAGAACCUUUGACCACAAACGGAGCAUGGAAAAGGUUUCUCACCAGUGUGUGUUCUUGUGUGACUUGUUAAAGUUCCUUUCUGUGAGAAUCUAAGGCCACAUACUGAGCAAACGAAAGGUUUUUCACCAGUGUGGGUUCUUGAGUGACUUCUUAAGGAUGCCUUUUUAGAAAAUUUUUGACCACAAA